GGUGGGUCAGUUAGAACCUAAGCAAACUGGAGGCCUGGUUGCAACCCUAUAGGCCUGACUGAUGCUGUCCCUCCCCCUUUAUUCCUGCAGUGUGGACCCAGUCAGCAGCCAGACCAUGGAGCUCUCGGACAUCACUCUCAUUGAGGGUGUGGGUAAUGAGGUGACGGUGGUGGCAGGUGUGGUGGUACUGAUUCUAGCCUUGGUCCUAGCAUGGCUCUCUACCUAUGUAGCAGACAGCAGUAGCAACCAGCUCCUGGGCACUAUUGUGUCAGCAGGAGACACAUCUGUCCUCCACCUGAGUCAUGUGGACCACCUGAUUGCGGGCCAAGGCACUCCAGAGCCAACCGAACUCCCUCAUCCAUCAGAGGGCCUUCCCAAAAGACAAGUGGGCCCAGAGAGCAGCAGCCCAGAGGGCUCCCUGAGAUCUGAGGAGAACACCUGCAUUCCUCACAGCUCAGGCCUCAUCAAUGUGCGGCUCAAAUUCCUCAAUGACACUGAGGAGCUGGCUGUGGCCAGGCCAGAGGAUACUGUGGGUUCCCUGAAGAGUAAAUACUUCCCUGGACAAGAAAGCCAGAUGAAACUGAUCUACCAGGGCCACUUGCUGCAGGACCCAGCCCGCACACUGCGUUCUCUGAACAUUACUGACAACUGUGUGAUUCACUGCCACCGUUCACCCCCUGGGCCAGCUGUUCCAGGCCCCUCAGCUUCCCUGGCUCCCUCCUCUACCAGUGAGCCACCCAGUCUUGGUGUAAACGUGGGCAGCCUCAUGGUGCCUGUGUUUGUGGUGCUGUUGGGGGUCGUCUGGUACUUCCGUAUCAAUUAUCGCCAGUUCUUCACAGCGCCUGCCACUGUCUCCCUGGUGGGAGUCACUGUGUUCUUCAGCUUCCUAGUAUUUGGGAUGUAUGGACGAUAAGGACACAAGGAGAAAAUGAAAGGCAUGGUCUUCCUCUUCCAUGGCCUACCCCCUUUCCUGGCCAGAGCUGGGCCCAAGGGUCUGGGGGCGGGGGUUGGAAAGGAUAGGGGUGCCCCUCCAGAGGACACAGGAGGCAGGUACGGUGCCUCCUCUUUAGGUCUGCAAGGGUACAGACGUCCCCUCUGUGCAAGCACGUCUCAGGUAGAAAUGAGGGUGUUGUCUUCCGUCACUUCUUAGGGUCUUAAAGCAGUUCAGAGCCUGAGGCCCAGCUCAGCAGGGGAUUCCUGCCCAGCUGCAGCCCUGGCUCUCCCCAGUGUCCUGCAUGUCUGUUCCCCAGCCCCCA